CCUUCCUCAUCCUUUGAGAAGAAAUGGUUGAACCUGUAGGCAACCACUAUGUUGUUGCCAGACGAGUGUACUCAGAGAAUUCAUUUGAUGAAGAGCAUGAGAAGUUGCACAGAUACCACAAAAACUUCUGGGAUCACUUGAAACUAUAUUUUCGUUGUUCCCCACAGAGGAUCAAAAAAGUUGCCCUGCGUAUGUUUCCUGUUGUCUCAUGGCUGCCCGCAUACCGCUUCAGGGAGUGGAUCCUGAGCGACAUCGUCUCUGGCAUCAACACGGGGUUGGUGGCAGUGCUGCAAGGUCUUGCAUUUGCUUUGCUGGUGAAUGUCCCUCCUGGUUAUGGACUCUAUGCAGUGUUUUUCCCAGUCCUGGUCUAUUUUAUCUUUGGUACAUCCAGACAUAUCUCAGUGGGUCCCUUCCCUGUCCUGAGCCUGAUGGUGGGAGGCGUUGUCACCAGGCUGGUUCCCGAUGGUGCUGCUGGAAAUGGCACUGCUACCAACAUGUCAGCUAUAGAUGAACAGAGGGUGAUGGUAGCUGCAUCUGUCACCUUUCUAUCCGGGAUUUUUCAGUUGCUUCUGGGACUUCUCCAGUUUGGAUUCAUAGUCAUUUACUUAUCGCACUCGUUAAUCAGUGGCUUCACAACUGCUGCAGCCAUCCAUGUUCUGGUGUCCCAGCUCAAAUUCAUGCUUCAGCUGCCUGUCCCUGGAUUUAAUAAACCAUUUGGCAUCAUCUAUACUCUGGAGAGCGUGUUCAGCCAGAUCACCGACACCAACAUCGCCGACCUCAUCACCUCCCUUCUCGUCUUGUUCAUCGUGUUCGUGGUGAAAGAGAUAAACGAUCGCUACAAAGCAAAGCUGCCCGCCCCUAUCCCCAUCGAGCUCAUUGUGACCGUCUUAGCAGCACUGAUUUCCCAUUUUGCUAAAUUGGAAGAAAAAUUUAAAGUGGCUGUUGUGGGAAAACUAGAAGAAGGAUUCCAAGCUCCUGUUGCACCUGAUGCAGGCAUUAUCCAAAACUGUGUUGGUGAUGGCAUCUCCAUUGCAAUUGUUGGAUUUGCAGUAGCCUUCUCUGUGGCUAAAGUGUAUUCCAUCAAACACGACUACCCAAUAGAUGGGAACCAGGAACUCAUCGCCUUUGGACUGGGUAACAUACUAGGCGGAUCGUUCAAAGGGUUUGCCUCCAGUACAGCUUUGUCAAGAUCAGGUGUGCAGGAGAGCACAGGAGGCAAAACGCAGAUUGCUGGUAUUAUCUCUGCUAUCAUCGUCCUGAUUGUCAUCUUGGCCAUUGGGUUUCUCCUGGAACCAUUACAGAAGUCAGUCCUUGCAUCCUUGGCUCUUGGCAACUUGAAGGGAAUGCUCAUGCAGUUCAGAGAAGUAGGCGUCUUGUGGAGGAAGGACAAAUAUGACUGUAUGAUCUGGGUGGUGACCUUCUUGGCGGCCGUUUUCCUAGGCCUGGACAUCGGGCUGGCAACAGCUGUGGCAUUCGAACUGCUGACUGUAGUGAUCCGCUCCCAGAUACCGAGCUGCACCACUUUGGCAAACGUUGGGAGGAGCAACAUCUACAGAAACAGGAAGGAUUACACUGAUAUCUACGAGCCAGAGGGAGUGAAGAUCUUCAAAUGCUCAUCUCCUAUCUUCUUUGCUAAUAUCGAAUUCUUCAAAGAGAAACUCAUCUCUGCUGUUGGAUUCAACCCACUCAGAGUCCUGAGGAAACGCAACAAAGCUCUGAGAAAGAUCAGAAAGAUGCUGAAGAAAGGAGAGCUACAAGUGACACCUAAAGGCUUGAUAUGCAUGGCUCACCAUACACAGGAGUCGGAUGAUGAAUUAGACAACAACAGGAUGGAGGAACUGGACCAGCCCACUGAUAUGGCAGACUUGCCCAUUCAGAUCAACUGGAAUGCCGAGCUGCCCCCAGGCAUCGCUGUGCCCCGGGUCGACAUCCACAGCAUUGUGCUGGACUUCUCAGCAGUGUCCUUCCUUGAUUUUUCUGCUAUGAGAGUCCUCCAAAAGACUUUGAAAGAGUUUGUCCGGAUCGAUAUCGACAUUUACAUUGCAGGGGCACAUGAGGGCUUCCUGGAGAAGAUGGAGAGAUGUGCUUUUUUUGAUGAGGAGAUCAAGCCAUCCAUGUUCUUCCUCACCAUUCACGAUGCAGUUUUACACAUUUUGCUGAAGAAGGACAUAGCCAGCUCCCCAAAAUUAAAGCUUGCUGAGAAGGGGAGCAGCAACGACUAUGUCAUCACUACCAGCAACGGACUGCGCAGUCGGGACAGCACGAUUCCAGCGGAAACAAAAUUUUAG